AUGGAAAACAGUUGGUUGUGUAGACUAUUAACUUUGACUAUAUUUGCUCUAUUUAUAAGUGGCCUAAUUAGAAAUCUAGACAACGAUGCAGAGCAUGCUAAAACAAAUCCUGCUGAGCAUGGUCUUGAUUCAGAUGGUACCGGGAUUAGAAAGUUUUACAACGAGUCAGAAAGUUCAGUUGCCGGUAGUUUCGAGCAUCUUCUUAGGAGAGAUAGGUCACUAAUUGAUGGGGAAGAAAACGUAUUCAUAGAGAAGUUUAUACAAAAACGUUGGAAUGUAAGCAUCAACGUGACAAAGCUUAAGGAAGAGUACUCUCUCAUAUGUCCUCUGCGAGAUACCUGUGGUGUGCAUUUAAGUAAGGAUCUGGUGUACUCUGGAGAGAUGGAUGAUGCAUUUUCAGACUGUGCACAUUGUUAUUGUUCACGAGAUUGCUUCGAUUCCAGUAGAUGUUGCCCCAGCAGCCAUUAUGGAUAUGUUAAACAAGACUGUGUAAAUUCAGUCUUGUAUCCAAAAGAAAUGGAAGUGCUUUUAAACAUGGUUACCACAUGCCUAAGAAAUUUCAAUGAAAACCAAACUGUCGUUGACAUGUGUGAAACCGAAUUUUAUCCGUGCACAUCCACCGUAACGGGAAUAUAUUAUAGUAACAUGUUCUGUGCACUAUGUAACAAUGACAAGAGUUGUGACCCCUGGCAGACAGACGUUAAAUGUCCUUACUCAAUUUUAGAGACACAAUUGCAAUUCGUCUCUUCUUUUGGCGAAUUGAAAAAAAGAGCCCUGAACCAGUCAGAAUGUGUAAUAAGUUUUAAUCCAAAUGUAGGUUUUGUCAAUUCAAUAUCUUACUGUGAUAGAAAAGAAAAUAAUAAACAACUAAUUAGUACAUGCAAUACGACAGGUCUUUGGCAGGAAAACGAUGUAGAUAUACUUUGGGCUUGUGAAAAUUUCUUGAGUCCAUACAGAAAAUUCAAAAAUGUAUUUUGUUACAUUUGUAAUCCCAGUGUAACCGCUGAGCAGAAUGUUGCCAUCAUUGAUACGUGUGGCCCGUCAAAUGAGCUUUCAGGACAUGCUAUUCAACACGCCUGCAAAAACUUCCCAGUCUCAAAAAGAUUAAAACCUUUUAAGAACAUUUAUUGUUAUGCAUGCAGGAAAAUAAGUAACCAAUCUAUUUUUAAAGAAAAUAUUCGCACUGUUACUGUACUAUCUGGAAAUCAGACAUACGAAACGGUGAACUCCAGAAUAACAGUCUCAGUGCUAUCUUCGGGAAAAGACUUAUUGAAAAAUAAUGAAUGGUAUCUCCACGGAUUACUAUGGGAUGAUUUUGCUAUCGUACAUAGCUCUGUUCGGCAUCAUAAGUCUAAUGAAAAUACCGUUCAAAACCGAGAAAAAUUGAAAAGAUAUACCGACGUAUGUGGUACCGGAGAAGGCGUACUUUGUUAUUGGAACACAUCUUUACGAGAUCAGUCAAAUGAAUUAGUAAAGACACCAUUAUCUGGCCUCUAUCGAUUACCUAACCCUGUUUGUGACAAAUGCUCUUGCAACAAUACAUGCGCAGAAGACAUGAAAUGCUGCUGGGACCUUGUUCUUACUAAGAAACCAUACUCAUGCGUUGGCCGGGACUAUUUUCCCUCCUUUCAGAAGAAGAAACUCUCACCUGGCCAUUCAGGCAUGACAAAUGACAUUCAGAAUAUUAGAACUGCAGAAUCUUACACUUUAAUUGAUGCUUGUCUUGGCGCAGGAAGUGCUGUUGAACUUGAAAUGAACUGUUCUACCGCUACAGGUGCUCCCUUCUUACAUAUUCCUGUAACCACAAAAGACAAGAUGAUCGCGUAUCGAAACAUUUAUUGCUAUUUAUGCAAUAACAACAAUUCGAAUGUUACCUUGAACAUUGAAAUACAUUGUAACAAUUUUGUAGAACCUGCUCUUUAUACAAAUAUGACACUGUUGCUGGACAUCAUUAGGACACAUUGUACAAAAAUAGCAUUUGUUCCCGCAUACUCUUCGAAUUGUAAAGGAGCAGAGUACAAUGCAGAAAAAUCUGCCUCUUUGGAAGGAAUUGGAUAUGAAAGAAAAGAGUCAUCAAUUGAUGUUGUUUUCGAAUCAGUAGCAGUGAGCGAAAAAGAAUACCCUUGCUCUAAAAGGAAGGUCUUUGAACAUUGCAAUGAAACUGGACUGUGGCUUGUUGGCGAUGUAAUAACAAAGGAAAUCUGUGAAAGUGUUUCAGUAGAGACAAUGUUUCUCUCAGAGUACAGAGUUUACAAGAAAGUUUACAAGAAUUUUGCAUGCUUUCUCUGUAACCCUGAUCAACUUUCCGAUGAAAAUGAUACACAGUUGGUAUCAGAAUGCAAAGGCAACAAUACGGACAUCUGGACUGAGCAAAGAAAGCUGGAAGACUUGUGUCAUAGUUCAAGUUUACAACCACGAUGGCACCCAUACAAAAACAUGUAUUGUGCUGAAUGCAACCUUCCAAAAUGGAUAAAAAGAGAAUGUCGGGGAGUUUAUUGCACAGGAGGAAUAAUUCUUAGUAACAACACUUGUAGAUACUUUAUGAAGCCCGCAUGGAACCAAAAGUACAAUUUAAAGAUAGCCUUGCGCCUAUUAAAGGUACACAAAACUUUGACAGGAAAAGACAACACAUCUAUUAUAGUAAAUCUUGGAAACCUGUGUGAAACCAUUGGAAAUCAAGUAAUAAAUAGUUUCCAUGCUGCAACAACGGAUAUUUUUGUUUCUAGUGAUUUUUGUUAUACAUUAGACUCAUGUCUGGAGAAUGGAACUGAUACAGUUACAGUCACUUUUUCUGAUCGAGAAGAACUUUUUGUUGAUCUUUGGAUAACUGUGAAGUAUGCAAAAGAUAUUAUGUCUGUCCGUGAAACACUCAUUCAAGCUCUAACUGCUACUUACCACACAGAAGACAUAAGCAAAGUAAGUGGAGAAUUAUUUAUCCUGCAGGCAACACAUUCCUUCGAGGAAAUUUGUAUAUCGUUCACGCAGACUAUAAAUCACGAUUUCAAAGCGAGUCGUAGGUUUGCAGUUGAUAACUUUCUUACCUGUCCAUUUGUGAAAUUCAAUUGUAAUGAUGUUUUGAUUGAUGCUCAGACUUUGGAAAUUCAUGUUUAUAGUCUCAACCUUUCAUUUGGUCGCUCAAAGUAUAAAGAAUUAAAAGGAAUAGGUUUUGCCGUGUGUGCAUCCAAAUUUAGACAGAUGUUAUACGAAAAAUCAACUUUCUCAGCAGCGAUACCACUGCAUCCAUUAGAAAACACAUUGAGUUUGUUUACUUCAAUAUGUACAAUACUUUCGCUGAUAUCUUUGUUUCUAACUUUUAUUACAUAUAGUCUAUUUCGAGAUUUACGUACAGUUCCAGGAAAAAUAAAUAUGAUUCUAUGUGUUUUCCUAUCAGUGGCUCAGUCACUAUUGCAGUUCGGUCUCAAUAUCAAGGCACACCUUGCCGUGUGCAUUGCUGUUGGCAUCGGUAAUCAUUUCUUCUGGAUGGGAACGUUUUGUGUCAUGAAUGUAGCCUCUAUUCAUAUGUUCAAAAUAUUCUAUUUAGGCCAACGAUUUCAAACGAACACCAGUAAGAAUUUGUUUGUUAGAUAUUUCUUGUACAUCAUUGCAUUACCGAGCAUUUUUGUUUUAGUCGUUGUUGCUAAAUCUUUGACAGAAUCUGAAGGAACAGACAUUGGUUAUAGCAAACAUUACUGCUUUAUUUCUGACUUCAACAUCUUCAUUUGUACAUUUGUUGCUCCUGCAGGUCUGUUUUUCAUCUCUAAUAUUGUAUUUCUUGCUCUAGCUUUUUACCGAAUCCACUCUUCGCCUAGGGUUCAGAGCACAAGGAAUCGACAUGACUUCUUCCUGUACAUCAAACUGUGUACUCUAGUUGGGAUUACAUGGCCACUCCUUAUUUUUGACAACGUCAUCGGCAUUUCUUGGUUCUCAUUUAUUGUUUCCGGACUAAAUGCUCUACAGGGUGUAUUCAUAUUUUACUCAUAUAUCAUCAAUAAAAGGGUUGCUGCAAUGUUCAUAUCUCUGGUCUCUUUACCGACUACAGAACAGGGAACAAGACAAACUGAGCCAAGCAGAACACGCGAGACAAAAUUUUAAAUGCAUGUUGUUGGCACUUCAGGUGUAACCUUUUUUUUGGCAGAGGCGAACUUUUUGUCUACCUACCUACCUACCUACCUACCUACCUAUCUGUCUGUCUUUUGAUUUAUGUCAACGCAUCUUUCGAGUGUUAUUAAUAUUGUGUGCAUGCCGAUUUAUUAGUUAAUGUAAAGAAAAAGAAUUCUAAAAUGCUAGUGGGUCCAAAAUCAGCUAAUGUGACAAUGUAGAACCAAGGACGUGAUAGCAUGUUAAAAUGUGAAGAAGAGAAAGGAAAAGUUUAAGAAAUGUAAACAUUGAUUUCCAGUUUAAAACUUUUUUUUCCAUCACCACCAAGAAGUAUCACUGUCAGGGAUGUGUUUAAAGGAGCACCAAUACGGUCUUAUUUGAGUGUCUGCGACUCUGGAAAGAAAGGAGAAAUCUCUUACGGCUCAUUUAGUUGAACGGCGUUGAAUCAUUUCUGUUUUGAGUGUGUUAAAGGCACUGACCUCCAGAUUUUGACUAAAAAUAAUCUUCUUUUAAAUUGAAGUUUGGUCAUAUUAUGAACGUUAGAAUAUGAGGUUUUGUUUCUAAAAUACCAAAUCAAGGAAAAAGAUGACCACGUCGGGAAUCGAACUCCGGACCGCCGCGGCAAUAAAGAUAUUUUCCGCCGUCGUAGCCAAUAGCGCUAUAGCGGAUUUAGUUAAUUAUGACUUCAAAAAAUAGAUAUUUAUAAUCGAGACAGUUUACCCGGUGUAUAGCGUUACAAACGCUUUACGAUUUUCAUUGUAAAAAGUAGUAAAAACAGCAAAUUCUCAUGUGUUUCCAUAAAAGCCUUCUUAAGAAAUAUAGCAUUUAUUUCCAGAUAUCUAAAAAUAAAUUGUUGUCGGACGAUCUGAAAGGGCCAAUCCCUUUAUCUUGUGUAUAUAGAUGAAAGAUGGUAAAUGCAUAUUCAAGCAGAGGAAGGAAUAUGGUUUCAUAUGUGAUAGUUUUGACUUGUUCGUUUCUUGUUGUAAUUGUAUUGUAAUGUAUUGUAUUGUAUUGUAUUUUGGCUACAUCAUUACCUGUGAUUGUAUACGUUUUUGUUUUCAAUUGUACAGCACAACCUCUCCAGAGCAGCCCUCUCUUAAGCAAAACCCGCUCUAUAACAACAUAAUCAAAAUUUCCCUAAGCUGAAAUAUACUAUCAAAUUUACCUCUCCAGAACAACAAACUCUACAUAAUAGCUAAUAUUUGUAUCUUUCAAAACGGGUUGCUUUACAAAGGUUCCACUGUAUUGUGCUGUGUUGUGUUGCGUUGCGUUGCAUUGAAUUUCUUUGCAUUGCAUCACAUUUAUAGAGAAUUCCUAUAGUUUUUGCCCUUUCAUAGAAUUUUUUCAAAUUCACAUUUUUUUUUGUGAAAUUU